AUGGCGGAUUUAGAUCCCACAGAGCGUCCACAGACGCAGCAGCUCUUCGUGCGAGCUGAUGAAGUCGACGCUGGUACCAACAUCAUUACUCCAAGCCAGCAACUUCCGCUCAGCGCCUUGACGCCUUCUGAUGGCUCUUCCGCGGCUGGCACGGCGAGACCACGAGCGCCCCCAAGACCUGGUCUACGAAGAGACGGUUCCGCACCUCCACCACCACCGCCAUCACAACCUCCUCCAGCACCUCCAGGCCCGCCUGAGGUCACAGAUUCACUUAGCCUCCCGCAACUUCGGCAACUCGUCGGACAAUUUCCAAAGACCGAGCAGAGAGCUUACGCGUUUCAAUAUACCGAGAUUGACAGCUAUGAGACAGAGAUUGACGAAUGGUUUCAGUACACCGAAGCUGAACAGGAGCGAGAGCAUCUCUUAGCGGCAAGAGAAGCCUUCGAGACCGCUUGGAAGGCCUUCUGUUCCUCCGAUCUUGACGUUGGUGAUGUUUCAUGGAUGGAAGUCAACGAAGACGCCAGGCUAAAGUUCCUCUCCGGCUUUCAGGGCGACCUGGGCGACGCGAGCAUCGAGAUUAGGACUGAGGGUCUGGGAUGUCUGUACUAUGUCCUUGCCGGCGCUUGGAGCAUAACAUCGGGCCUUGAUCCCUCUCAGUGCUCGGAUGAAUUUCGAAGGACACAAGAGAUUUCGCCAGAGCAGUACAAUGCAGUCCAGCUCGAGUGGAUGCAUCGGGCCGCGGAUAUGAUUCUUGAAAGUGGUUUGGUUGUACCACUCUAUGCUUGCUUACUUACGGCGGCCAAAAUAUCAGCAGUCGCAAGGGAUAUUGAGGGCGAUGAGCAACAGACCGUCGGCGUCUUCGACGACAAUGAGACCAGGGAGCUGUCACUGUGCUUCUCUUGCUUCUAUCUACUGGUUGAAUCGGCAAGGGAACGCAGACAGAGCGAGGCAGCGCAGAAGAUACGACGAGCUCUCCAAGCUCUGAGCCCGAGUUUCCCCAUUUUCUUGACCAGCGCAAUCUCGCGAUUGAGGUGGGAUGAAUUGUACAACAUUCCCCUAAUUCAUGCUAUCCAACUGUUAUGGAAGCUGACGAUGCUGCUCUUUGGAGAUAUUCAGCAUGACCUGGAGGCGGUCAAGGCAGUUCUUGAGCCACGAAGUGACCCAUUUUCUGCCAAUGCGCCUCAUCCAAAGCUCACAGCCUCUCCACUGGACUAUCAUCUCUUCCGACAAGAGAUCACCUCGAAAUACCCAGCUUACAACCCACCUUUGCCGCUCAUACCGCUCGAAACCGAGCAGAGGACAAUAUUGCCCGUGCUGCCUCAACACGCUACUCGCGCCGAAGCACAACCCGGCUCAGGUGCUUCUGCCAUCAAUGCAACCACCGGAACCUCAAUCCUCCACCAACCAGUGCAUAUCGCCACCCCAGCUCCCUCUCCGCCACCAUCACCCGUCGGACCUGGAGGAAAAACAGGAAAGAAGCAGAACUAUCAAACAAACCAGAAUUUCCCAUUCCUGUACCCCCCACUAGGACCAUCAAGUAACGAACUAGGUGGCAAAGGCUCGACUGAGAUACAGGAUCUUAUGGUUGGCAAGAAAUGGGAGGGAAGUGACAUACCGGCCUCAAUCAUCGAAGCGGGCGAACUUUUCGCGAGCCGUAUGCGAAUGACACGAGCAAUGCGACAGCUAUGGAAGCAGAGAGACCUCUUCAUGAAAUACGACCGCGGAUGGAGAGCAGAUGAUAGAGGCAGCAAGGAGGAGUUGAAAGAGCAAAUGUCCAAGGAGGCAGUCGAGGAGCUUGAGGGGCUGGAAGAUCCCGACCUCCGCAAACGCAUGGAAGCCGUCGAACACUUCUUCCACUUCUCCCUGUCCGACAUGCAGUCCUUUGUCAUCGUCCUGAUGAAGGCCAUGCUUGCGAAUGUGCAAGACAUUGCGGUCCGCAACGGCAACUACUCCGACCCUGCCCAACCCACUGGUCUUAACCGUACCAAGUCCAAUUCCAAUGUUGGCGCUGGUGCGCAGAACCUUCCGAUGCCACCUCCACCACCAAAGCCUGCCGAUCUUACGCUCGAAGACCUCGACAAUAUUCGGUCCCGUGAGAUCAGCCAGAAGGCUAUUGCUGGUGUUCUGUUCGUGCUUCUCAAAUGGCUCAAAAUGUCCCACAUCCUCAAGUUCGAGUAUCUUACGCAACUUCUACUCGACUCUAACUACGUUCAACUCACCUUGAAGUACUUCGCACACCAAAACCUCGAAGACCUUGUCGCCUUCCGCUACGACCGCGACGACCUCUCUUUCUUUCACUAUUGUCACAUCCACUCCGACCACCCACCUCUGUCUCCCACUUCGCCCGACCAGCACAGCGACGCCUCUGAUGUUGACGACGCCGUACCACCUCCUAUACAACGCCACCGGCGGUCUCCCACCUCAACUUCUGAGUCUGCAACUCGGCCCCAUGCUGCCGCCAACGACAGAACCACAUCCGACAACGCUUCCAGUCAACGGUCCAGCGACGCCGACGCCGACGCCGAUCCCUCGCACCCAACCGUCGACGAACUCGGCAACCCUCUCGCCCCCCUCCCCAGCACGCCGCUCCCCGUCUUCAGCUCGCGCCAGUUCCAGACAUCCAUCCACCUCCUGCGCACGCUCCAGAAGAUCACGCGCGCCAAAGCCCACCGCAUUUUGUUGUUGGUACAAUUCAAAUCCUCGCAGAUCUUGCGGCGCGUGCUGCGCGUCCCGGACACGACGCUGCGGCUGUACGUGCUGAAGCUCUUCAAGUCGCAGGUCCCCUACUGCGGGCGCAAGUGGCGGCAGAGCAACAUGCGCGUCAUCACCGCCAUCUACCUGCACUGUCGGCCGGAAUUGCGCGACGAGUGGCUCGCGGGUAUGCAUGACACGAGUGUGGAGGGCGAGGUGGAGGAGGCGGUGCCGUUGGAGUGGGCCGGGAGGGGAUUGACGCACUGGUGGAUGAAGAGAAGGUUUGCGGAUGUUAUGAAGGGGAAGGUUGUGGAGGGGGAGGGUGCGGAGGAGCAGGAAGGGGGCCAGGAGAUUGAGGAUGAGGAGAGGGAUUUCUUUCAGAGGGAGUUGGAUGCGAUGGGGUGGGGAUUGGCUGGCUUGGGGCUGGUGGGAAUGAAUGGGCAUGGGGAUGAGGUGGCGUUUGGAGAGGAGGCCCCGGGAGUGAGCGGUGGUGGGAGUGCGAUGGGGGCAAAUGGGGUGCCUGCGCAAGGAAGCAUGGAGACUGGGUGGACGAAUGCGAAUGCUUCGACGCUGGAGGCCUGGCAGAAUGAAAGAUGA